CUGCCUUUGUAGAGAGGAUUGCGUAUGCAUUUGAAAGUCGUGGUGACAAGUUCGUGUAGCCUUUAUAAAUGAGAGCUACCUAGUUAAGCGUGUGUCCCUUGAGACUGCUGGUGAUAUUUAGAUAUUUCUGUUCUUUUUCUGAAACAAAAGUAAUUACCGUGCAGAGAAAAAUUUUAUGAACUGUGAUACUAUCUCUUGGCCAUGGAUGAUGGCUUUAGCAGAAGAUAUGGACUCUUUACGUCGUCGUAUUUACUAUGCAGCUAGAGAUGGAAUGGCCAUUACUCUUUAUGCUUUACUUUCAAAUACUGCUCAAAGUGAAUGGCGCCAUUAUUUAGAACAGCCUAUUGAUGAUGAAGGUCACAAAUGCACACCUCUUUUGAUUGCUGCUAUAAACGGACACGAUAAUGUGAUCAAAAUGCUAUUAAAUCGUUUCAGCCCAAACAUUGAACAAGAUGGUAUUGUACAGAUUGACGGUUAUGUUAUUGAAGGUGCUACGGCUCUAUGGUGCGCUGCUGGUGCUGGUCAUUUCAGCGUGGUCAAAUAUUUAUUAUCCCACGGAGCGGACGUCAACCACUCUACAAAAACGGACUCAACUCCGCUAAGAGCGGCGUGUUUUGACGGAAGGCUCGAUGUCAUUCAGUACCUAGUCGAAAACGGAGCUGAUAUCCACAAAGCUAAUAAAUACAACAACACUUGCUUGAUGCUUGCAUCGUACAGAGGCCAUGCUGAUGUUGUUGAGUACCUUCUUAGCAAAAAAGCUGAUCCAGAUGCAAAGGCUCAAUGUGGGGCAACUGCCUUGCAUUUUGCUGCUGAACAUGGUCAUCUAGAAAUAAUCAAGAUACUUCUAAAGCAUGGGGCUCAAGUAACAAAAAACAAAAUGGGUAUGACACCUCUCUUAUCAGCAGCAGAAAGGAGUAAGUCUGAAGUAGUUGAAUACUUUAUUAAAACUUCCUGGUGUUGGUGUUGGCUAUCUAAAGAAGAAUCCGUUGAAGCUUUGGAACUUUUAGGUGCUUCAUAUGCUAAUGAUAAAGACUUUUAUAACUUGGAAAAAGCUUUCUACUAUCUCCAUUGGGCUAUGAGUGAAAGAGUGAAGCAUCCGAAGUAUUAUUCUCCAAAACCUUUACUUCCACCUAUUCCUGCAUAUGAUAACCAUAUAGAAUGUAGAACUUUAGAGGAACUAGAAGCAAUCAAAAACAACAGUGAUGCAUUGCAUAUGGAAUCCUUAGUUAUCCGUGAAAGGAUAUUGGGCUCCAGUAAUCCAGAAGUACCUCAUCCGGUUGUUUUUCGUGGAGCUUUGUUUGCUGAUAUUGGACGCUUUGACAGAUGUGUGGAUCUGUGGUUACAUGCGUUGAAUCUUAGACAUAAUUACAAUGUCAGUGUAAGAAAAGACCUUUUGAGAUUUGCUCAAGUGUUUGCACAAAUGAUGCAUACCGGAGAAGAAGUCAGUUUUGAAAAAGUGAGAAAAGUUCUUGAAGUCACAUUGCAAGAGUUAAUUAGAAAUAAAACAUCUCUGAAUUCUUCUACCUCAACUGAGCCUCAAGAGUCUUUAAUGGAAGAGUUAGAAGAUAAUAUUUAUACAACUUUGUAUUUAUUAGUUAUUGUUACAAAGCUUAUUAAAAAACUGUUAACAGAAGAAGAGCAUUAUCUGUAUAAAAUUGUUUAUAAAAUAUGUAAACUGAAUUUGUCUACUAGUGAUGGUUCGACGUUGCUACACCUGGCCGUUAAUGCAGACACUCCUGUUGAUGAAUUUCAUACGAAAUAUAUAUGCAAGUUUCCUUGUGCUGCUACAGCUCGUAUGUUGAUUCAGUGUGGAGCUGAUGUAAAUGCUGUGGAUAAAGCAGGUAAUACCCCUUUACACAUCAUAGUAGCUUAUCAAAAGCCAAUUACAGAUUUUAUGACAUUGCAUUCUAUAAUUACCAAGCUGCUUGAUGCUGGCUCCCAUAUAGAUCGUGUAAAUAAUGAGGGAGAAUCGCCGUUUGAAAAAGUUCUUACUGGUGUUGCAGAAAUCAUUUUGAAAUCUCAAUAUCAAUUAAGCUUAAAGUGUAUUGCUGCACAAGCUGUAAAAAAAUAUAAUAUACCAUACAGAGGUAUAGUUCCUGUGACUUUAGCUACUUUUACAGAUAUGCAUGGCUCAAAUAAAAAGAAAAAAAUUUUUUUCAUCUCGAAACCAAUGAAACAACUGCAAAAUAACUUUUGGUGUUGAAUGACAUCUUCUGUUCUAAUAGAGUGGAGGCUUAUUAUCUGUUGAAUUCAAGGUCACUAUAAAGCAAUUUAUCUCUUAGAAAUGAAGAACUGGUAUGACAUGUAAUUAUGUGAAGAAUAUUAAAUUUAUUUAUUUAUUUCAAUUUCCUGUUUACUUUGAAAUCUUUGUUUGUUACCUCUCCCUGUUAUUGACAAUUUAAAUUCUACUUGUCAAAAAAAGUGGGAGAAAAAUUGAAGCUUUAUUUUUAUAAAAUGACAAAUUAUUUCUGUAUAUGCUUCUGGGAGUCCUGUACAUCUAUCUAGUCAAGUUUUUUUUAUAUGUUUAGUAAUGUUGGUAAAGGAUACACUUUUUUUAAAAUAUAUUUAUAAGUUAAACAGAAAUUGUAUGGAAUAUCUUUUUUUAAAAUCUUAUGUUGCAUCAAAUAAUUAGUUUUUAAAAUAAUAUUGAUUAUAUAAUAUUCUGAAUUUGAGAAAUGGUAUAGAUUAUUUGUUGUAGCAAAGAAGAAAAAAAAAAGUAGCAUUAAGAAAUUUUAGAAUUUAUAACAUUUUACUAUGUUUCCUCGAAGUGUUUUUUGAAUAAGUAUGAGGGUUAUUUUUCAAAUGUAUAAAUUAGUAGUUAAAUAUGAAUGUGAUGGAUCUGAAAACAGAACAAUUAAAAGUAUGCUGUGUGUAAGUAGAUCAAAUGUUAAUAGCCAACAUAUGAAUUACUGCAUAUUUAGAAUAGAUAUUGAAUUAAACUAUAAAUAUUAUAAUAUGAUUAAUAAUUCUAUUCACUUCUCAUUAUUGUAUAAAUUUUUUGGAAGAAAAUUAUAUGCUACUAUUUAAAGAAUUUUAAUAAUUGUAGUGAGUGAGGAUUCUUUCAUCUUCCUUUAUUCCUUAAUCUUCUUAUCAUACUGACUUGAUUCCCAAGUGAAGGCAAAGUGUUUUUUAUAUGCACAGUAUAAAAAAGAAAUCUCCAAAAUCAUUUAAAUUCUCUUAUCUUUAUAUUUUUCUUUUAUCAUUUAUCGAUACUUUAAUAAAUAUUUUUUGAUUUUAAUCGAUUAAUAUGACUUUUCAAUGCUUAUUAAGUAACUGUUCGUGUUAUAUGAUUUUCUCCCAGCAUUACCCAAGUCUCAAGGUAAGAAUCUUAAGAAUCAGUCCACUGUUUAUACAUUCUAAUCUUCUGUUAAAGAAUUUAAUCAUAUUACUGUGCCUUUGUCUCUUGCUUGCAUUAAACUAUCAUAUUUAACAAAUUAUAAAUUAAAAUUUCCCAUAAAUAUUAAAUGCUGCGAUAAAGAUUAUGUAGCAGCUAUAAAGAUCAUGAAUUUUAAAGGAUUUUUAAUUGAAUCAGUAAAUAAAUUUUCAGAAUAGAUUGUCAUUAAAUUAGUUGGUAAAGAAAACAGUUACAAGAUUUGUAGUUUUUUUUUUUUAAUUGAAAAUGGAAAAAUAUCUCGUUGCAUCUUGUGAUGUUUAGACUUGUUUUUAUGAAUUAAUAGUUAUUAGGUAUUAUGAAUAAAUAAAUUCAAUUCAAAUUAAUUUAAUUAAUCUUGUAUUUUGCUGUUAUUAUAUUGUUUAUAGAUAUUUGCUUUAAAUAUUAAAAAGAUUAUUAUAUUUAAAAUAUUUUUAAGGAUUGAGAUAUUGUAAUGUUUGAUUGUAUGUUUAAAUUUAGCUUAUGAGAAUUAUUACAAUUUAAGAAUCAGAUAUUAGAAAUCCCUUCUCUUUAUGGAUUCUGGAAAGAAAAAAAAGAAAUGUCAUGAUUAUACAGUAACGUUCACAACAUUUCUCAUAUUUUAAUGCUAACAUAACUGUACAAAAUAUUACUGUAUAAAUUCUUUUAUCUAGGGAUUAUAAUUUAAGUAAAUUGGCAACUUGGAUUUCAUAAUCGGUAUAUUUUUAAAAGAAGCUCUAUUUCCUAAAGCAAUUAUAUGUUCUGGUAAUUGAUCUAAAAUAUAAAUAUAAUAUUUUUUCUAGUAUUUACAUACUAAAUUUUAUUAUUGCAGGAUUUUAAGUGUUGUAUUGUUAGCAUUCAUGUUAAUCUUGCACACUGUUAAGAAAAAUUAAAAAAAAUUUUUUUUUUUUUUUUUUUUUUUACUAUGAAGUAAUGUAUUAAUACGAUCAGAUACUUAUUUUGUUUAUAAUUAUAUAGAAAAUGAGAUUGUGGGUUUGAAUAUUUGUUAAUAGUAACUUGAUUCAGUUCAAAUUUAAAAUGGUCAACCCCAAUAAUUCAUGCAGUCAAAUUAAUGUUAUUACAUAAGUUAAUCAUAGAAGUUACUGAAUCAGCCUAUUUUUGUUCUUGUACAGUUCCAAAAUGAUAUUGAUAUAUUUUCUGAAAAGUCUUUUUGUGAAAAAUUUUAUAUUGUUAAGUUUUAAUAAUUUUCAAAAAAUACUAUUGGUUUACUUCAAAAUAACAUUACUUGAAGAAAUUUUUCAAUAAGAAUAAAUGUAUAAGCUUAAAGAAAUAAGCAUGUUUUAUAAAAAGUUAAGAAAAAUGGCUUUCUAACGAAAGUUUAUUAACUUUAUCUUGAAUGAAAUGUAUUUAUCAAAUUUCUUCCAUCAGAUUUUACUGAAUUACUAUGAAUUUUACUUGGUAUAUGCUGUUAUUAUAUUGUUAUUUAUUCCCUAUAUAAAU